UGACAUUUUUCAUAUCAAAACCCUCUUCACAAAAUAUCUUCAAUUAUCUUGAGUUAAUUCAACCACUUGUAAUAAUGGAUGAGCUUGCAUUCUUAAUGGAUUGGGACUUGGAAGCUAUCAAUGAAGUACCAACAACAAACCCUUAUUUUUCUCAUUUAUUUUCUGAACAAGAUCAUGAUGAGUUAUUAUUUGGAAGUUUUCCAGAAUUCUCAAAAACUACUAAUGUCCUUAUUCAUGAAUUUGAAGAGCUUUGUAAACCUAAUUUCUAUCCUCUUUCAUCUCAAACCAUCCUUACAAGUUCUCUAGCUACCCCUAAAGAGCCUGAACAAGUCAAAGAAAUUAAAGCAGCUUCUCAUCAAGAUCUGCAAAUUCCAGCAGUAUCUAAAUUUAAAAAAAGCAAGAAAAACAAGAACAAGAGUAAUAUUGUGAAGAAAGUAACAGCAGUGGAUGGUACUCUUUGUGAUGCAUGGGCAUGGCGUAAAUAUGGACAGAAACCAAUAAAGGGUUCACCUUAUCCACGAAGCUACUAUAGAUGUAGCAGUUCUAAAGGAUGUUUGGCGAAGAAACAAGUUGAAAAGAAUCAUUUGGAUCCAAAAGUUUAUUUGGUUACAUACACUGCAGAACACAAUCAUCCUCAACCAACUCGAAGAAACUCAUUAGCUGGAAGCACUAGGAAGAACAAUAUCUUAGUUACACAUUCUUCAAAGACACCUUUGGUGAAAAUUGAAGAUGAGGUAAAUGUGACAAGUAUGAAGCAACAAAAUAAGGGGUUUGAGAAAGAUGACCAAGAUCUUCUUGAGUGGUUGGAUGGUGCUCAAUUAUGUGAUGAUGGUUGGAUUCCAAGCAAAGAGCUAGAGGAACUUAUUGGACUUGAUAAUAAGUGUCAAUAUCAAUAACAUGCAGAGAUAUAUAGAUAUAUGGCUGCAGUUUUGGAUUCAGAGAAAAUGAUGAAAUUCAAUAGAAUGAUAUAUCAUUAGAUUUUGUUGUUUUUGGUGUGAACCGAGUAUACUCUGCACGCAACUACAAAAAUUAAUCACGUGAGUCAGAUAUAUGACUCCGAUGAAGAGAUUUAACACUGCAUAGAUUUUGUUGUUUGUAUAUAUUUAGAAUAAAAUUCGAAUGAUAUGGAAAUAUAUUUACUUUUUCAUUUCCAUGUCAUUUAGUUUUUGUUUUUAAA